AUGGAUUCGAAGGUGUGGCCUGUAAACCGAAACGUUUUUUUUGACACAGAUUUUGUGGCAAGUGAAAACAUAGUGAUCCCAGACACUGUUGAACCCGAGACGGAAAAUACUCCUAGCGAAGUUACAGAUGUGGCAAAUGAAAACCAAGCCAAUCUUGUCCAGGAAGAUCCGAUCCAAUCAACAAGUAGACUAACACAAGAAGAAAAAAUGAGACCACAUAAAGAUAGUAGGACUGUUUUAAUUGGAAAAGCAAGUCCACUACCAAAACUAAAAAUUGUCAAAAAAUUGGGUGAAAGGGCCAAAAGGGCUGCACAAAAAGUGGCAAUACUAACAGAAAGCCCUUAUAAAAAUAAGCUCGAGGAAAAAUAUGCGUUAAAGGCACGAAAAGAUGAAAUGAAGAAGGCUAAAGAGACUGCCAAAAAAGAUAUUUUUUCAAACCGAAAAGUCAAUACUAAAAAGACUAAGCAUUCUAAUAAAGAAGAUAAAAUUAUAAUCGAGACUAAUGCAGAUGACUGGUUUUGCACAAUAUGCCAAGAUAGUUGA